AUGGCUCCAAUUCUUCCCCUUCUGUCUGGGCUCCUCUCUUUGGCGGUGUUCUCCCACUCCGCGGUAGCAGCUCCAGCAACAGAGGCCUUGAACAAACCCCACGACAAUAACACCUAUGAGUACAUUGUCGUAGGUUCUGGGCCCGGGGGUGGGCCGAUUGCAGCCAAUCUUGCAAAAGCCGGUCAUUCUGUUCUUUUGCUUGAAGCCGGAGAUGACCAAACGCAGAAUGUGAACGUUUCUCAAUGGACGAACUUCUUGCUCUCUGGAAACGACCCUGCAACUCGAUGGGACUUCUUCGUCAAGCAUUCCGAUGACGAGGCUCGCGAAUCGAGGUACAUCAGAACGACUUGGCGCAAGCCCGAUGGAGGGUUCUAUGUCGGUCUGGAUCCGCCAGCUGGAUCGAAGAGACUUGGGAUCUACUAUCCCCGUGCGGGGACCCUGGGUGGAUGUGCUAUGCACAACGGCUGCCUUACCAUGAACCCCAACGACCUGGACUGGGACGACAUCGCGAGAAUCACAGGCGAUGAAUCAUGGUCGGCCAAGAACAUGCGCAAAUAUCUCGUUAAGCUCGAAAACGCGCACUAUAACAGCACAUCUCCUCAUGGUCACAGCGGCUGGCUUGACACUACCAUGCUUGACUCCGGCUUCUCUAGCAACCCGGAUGCCAAAACCAUGAUCGAACUUGCCUCGCAAGCCUCGGGUUUCCAGAUCAGUGAAGCAUCAGAUCUCCAGCAAAGGGAUAUGAAUGGAGAUCAAGCGAAUCGAGAUAGCCUGGUUGGUCCGUUUGGUGGUGUUAGUCAUAUCAAGCCUGAUGGAAGACGCUCUUCGCCUGGGUACUACGUAAAGGAGACGGUGGAUGCCGGCAAGUAUCCGCUCACCCUCCAGCUCGAGUCAUUGGUCACGAAAGUGAUUUUCGACAAGGGCGACACCCCAAAAGCCAUCGGUGUCGAGUAUCUGAAGGGCAAGAGCUUGUAUAGCGCCGAUCCCCGCUCCAACCCCAAUGACAAGGGAACACCCGGUAAGGCAUAUGCUUCAAAAGAGGUCAUCAUUUCCGGUGGUGCUUUCAACACUCCUCAAAUCCUUUUGCUCUCUGGAAUUGGUCCCAAAGCCCAGCUCAAGAAGUUCGACAUCCCCGUUAUCGUCGAUAACCCUGAUGUCGGCCGAAACCUAGCCGACAACUACGAAUCCAGUAUGCUUUCACUCGCUGCACGUGAUGUGAAUGGGCCGGGCCAGAUCUUCCCUAGCUUCUUCAAAACAACCGUCGGCAAGAUCAGAGACAUCUACAUGUGGUGUGGAGGCUUCUCCUUCGAAGGUUUCUGGCCAGGCUUCCCCCAAGAUCAUGGCCCCAAACAAUACGAAUGCGCCAUCGUGCACAUGAACCCACGCUCGCAAGCCGGAUCAGUAACCCUGCAAUCCGCUAACCCUCGCGAUGUGCCAAACAUCAACCUCCAAUUCUUCAAAGACGGGUCCGAAAAAGACCUCCAAGCAAUAUACGAAGCCACAUCAUGGGUGCGUUCCUGGCUUGGCAAAGCUCCCACUACUGCUGGUUCCAUCGGGCCUUUUACCGAAAUGCAUCCAUGCGAAGGAGUCGUUGGUAGCCAGAAUUGUACGGUCGAGAGCCAGAAGACGUAUAUUAAAGAGCAGGCAUAUAGCCAUCAUGCGACGAGUAGUUGUCGCAUUGGGGAGGUGUUGGAUAGUAAGUUUAGGGUUAAGGGCGUGAAGGGUUUGAGGGUUGUGGAUGCGAGUUCGUUCCCGAAGGUUCCUGGCGGCUUCCCAGUAUUGCCGACGAUGAUGUUGAGUGAGAAAGCAACGGAGGAUGUAUUGGCGGAUGCUAAGAAGUACUAG